UCUCAAGCGUAUUCGCAAAGAAAAGGAUGAUUCUCUUCUUAACCUUUGUUACAGGAUCCUUCCUGUGAAUCAUAGAUAGCUUCAUUUCCAAAAAUUUCUCUGCCAUUCGUCCAUGGAGCUUCUCACUUCCCCUUUCUUAAACCGCCCUCAGUUUCUGUCUAGGGUUUCGUUUUCUUCUUCCAGAACUGCAAAUAAGAAGAAUUCAUUCGAAUUCAAAAUACCCCACUUCAAAUCUCCUCUGUGUUUCCCAUUUUUCGCUAAUUCACCCUUCUCUAACGCAAAGAAAUUGGAAAUUUCCGCUCAUUUCCGCCGGCCUUCCAAUCGUCGAAACUCGCUUAGGAAAAAGCUCGUUGGUGAUCAACAGGUGCGUCACAAUCCAAUUUCAAAUAACCCACAUUCUGAUUUUCAAAACCCAAGUAGUAGUUUAAAUGAUACAGAAAGUUUUCGAGAAAUUUUGAAUUAUGACAGUGUAAAAGAGAAUCACACUGCGGAAGAAUCGAAAUCCAAAGUUCUGGGUGAAUCUGUUUUGUUGAAUGAGCUGGAGAAUUGGGUUGAUCAGUACAGGAAAGAUGCUGAGUACUGGGGUAUUGGGUCGGGUCCCAUUUUUACAAUUUUCGAGGAUUCAGAUGGUAAUGUUGAAAGGGUUGUUGUUGGUGAGAAUGAGAUUCUAAGAAGAAGUGGGCAUGGAGAACUUGAGGAUUUAUCACAAGUGAAUUUGAAAAUUUCGUAUGCAAAGUCUUUGGCUAGAGAGAUGGAGAGUGGGAAAAAUGUGAUUCCAAGGAACAGUUCGAUAGCUAAGUUUGUAGUUUCAGGUGAAAAAUCGAGUAUUGUGAAUGUAAUUCGGAAUGUUACUCUUCCACCGGAAUUGUCCAAGAAGUUAUCGAGAGUUGGGUUUUCAGUGUUAUGCGGAUUUGUUGUUGUUUGGGCAGUGAAAAAAAUUUUCACUACUGGAAAUAGGAAGGUGGAAUUCACAAGUCUGGAGGAGGAAAUGAUGAGGAGAAAGAUCAAGUCCAGAAUGGGGAAAGAAGAGGUGGAAAAUGUUAGUGUAGAAGUCGUUCAACCUUCCCCUGAGCUGCCUAUGGUGUCCACUGAAAGGCCUAAGCUUGAUCAGCAAGAACUCAUGAGUGGCAUUUUGAGAAUGAAAGAUGACUUGGCAUCAAAGGAUUUUGAUGGUAAAAUUCAGGAAAUCAGAGAAAUGGCCAGGCGAGCCCGGGAAAUCGAGGGAGAAGAUCCUUCACUUGUUGAUGGAGAUGGAGAGGAAAAUCAGAUAGUGAUUGAGGAAUUGUCUGAUGAGGCUGAAGUGAUCGAACAGCAUACAGAAGAAGAUGCGAGUUUUCUAAACAAUCUUUCGAAAGGAGCUCCCAUGCAAGCAAUGGGCAUUAAUGGAACUGUAAAGCAAUCAUCUCUAGGUGAAAAGGAAAGAGAUGAUCUUGGAUUAUCUAGUGAACCUUCUCCAAAGAAUAAGGAUAUGCAAACUCUAACUGCUUUAAGUGGUCCAUAUGACAGGCAAAGCACUACACAGGAUCUAGAAGAUAGUGAAAAUACUUCUGACUCUCCGGACGCAAUAGAAGCAAUCCAGUCCACUGAUAGUCAUUACGGUCAAACAAGCAUGCCAAAGAAAGGUUCUACCAGUAAAAUACCAAGGGUCAUAAUGUCUGUGAAGGAAGCUAGGGAUUACCUCUCUAAGAAGCAAGACAAACAAGAGCUCCAAGUUAGAGUCGCACAAGAAAGCCAUGAUGAUUUAAGGCUAUUGAAUGGUAAAGCAUCGGUCAAUAAUUCAAGCUAUGGAUUGGACAUGAACGAUAAUGUGUUUGAACAUUCCAUUGUACGUGGAACAUCAGAUUUCACACCUGCUGCCAAUGCUAGUGAUGAAGGUAAUACUGAUUUAGAGCUAUCUAUUGAUAAAGCAUUGAUGAGCGAUACAAGCCAUGGACUGGAUAAUGAUGAUAAUGGCCCUGAAGAUGCUGAGGAAGAAGUUGGAGUGGUUAAUCUUCAAGCAUUGAGAGGUUCCAUGGAUCAUGAAGGCGAUGACAGCUUUCCAGAGACAGGACCAUCUGUGAUUAAGGAGAACUGGAUGGAGAAAAAUUUUCACCAAUUGGAGCCAGUGGUUAAGAAGAUUGGAACAGGCUUUAGAGAAAAUUACAUGGUUGUUAGGGAGAAAGUAAAUCAAGAGUUAAAUAUGAGUUUGGAGGUACCAGAGCUUGACUCUGGUGAAGACCACAGUGAACUUGAGUGGAUGAAAGAUGAUAAUCUUAGAGAAAUUGUUUUUCAAGUUCGGGAAAAUGAGUUAGCAGGGCUUGAUCCAUUUUAUUCAAUGGAUGAUGAAGAUAAAGCUGCAUUCUUCAAGGGUCUUGAGAGGAAAGUCGAGAAGGAGAAUGAGAAGCUGUUGAAUUUGCAUGGGUGGAUCCAUUCAAACGUCGAAAACAUUGAUUAUGGAACAGAUGGUAUUAGUUUGUAUGAUCCACCAGAGAAAAUUAUACCACGCUGGAAAGGUCCACCCAUAGAGAAAGACCCUGAGUUCCUCAAUAAUUUUGUGGAGCAAAGGAAGGUGUUUUUUGCUGAAAAUGCAGGAAGCCAUUACCCUAUGAAGAAUGAUGAACAAGUUUCUCAUCAAGAAUCAAAAGAAUCUCCCCCACAUGAAAGCCCUUCCACUUCUGGUGCAGUCUUUGAUCCAAAGAAGAAAUUUCAUGAUGGGGCCUCAAGAAGAUCGAAGACAGUUAUAGAGAGUAGUGACGGUUCCAUUAAAGCUAGCAAAAAAUCAGGAAAGGAGUAUUGGCAACACACAAAGAAAUGGUCUCGUGGGUUUUUGGAAUCAUAUAAUGCAGAGACAGACCCAGAAGUUAAAUCUGCCAUGAAGGAUAUAGGGAAGGACCUAGAUCGAUGGAUCACUGAUAAAGAAAUACAGGAAUCAGCUGAUCUGAUUACCAAAAUGCGUGAAAGAAAUAAAAAGCUCAUGGAAAAGAGGCUUGAGAAGCUCAAAAGAGAGAUGGAAUUGUUUGGACCACAAGCUGUAGUUAGCAAGUACCGCGAGUAUGGAGACGAGAAGGAAGAGGAUUACCUAUGGUGGUUAGAUGUUCCCUUUGUACUGUGCAUUGAACUAUACACAACUGAAAAUGAGGAACAUAAAGUAGGGUUUUAUUCAUUGGAGAUGGCUGCAGACCUUGAAUUGGAACCAAAGCAGUAUCAUGUGAUUGCUUUUGAAGACCCUGGCGAUUGCAAGAAUCUUUGCUAUAUCAUACAAGCUCAUAUGGAUAUGCUUGGAAAUGGCCAUGCCUUUGUUGUCGCAAGACCGCCCAAGGAUGCUUUUCAGGAAGCCAAAGGAAAUGGUUUCAGUGUAACCGUGAUUAGAAAAGGGCAGCUACAGCUCAAUGUGGACCAAACAUUGGAAGAGGUGGAGGAACAAAUCAUCGAGAUUGGAAGCAAAAUAUACCAUGAUAAGAUCACGCAAGAACGCUCUGUAGAUAUAAGCGCAUUGAUGAAGGGGGUGUUUGGUCCCAUCAACCCAACCAAGCCUUCUAAGAGAAGAAGAUUGAAGCGGAGACGGAAGAAGCCUACCAAAUGAGGAAGGCUGCUCCUACCUUAGAGCAUUACCAGGAGAGACAAUGAUGGACCCCUUCCAUUAUAGGCGUCUUGCCCUCCCGGACCUUAAAAGAGAGCUUUAACGGGGUGUCCCUGUUUGCAGUCCCGCACAAAUCAUGCAGCUGGCUCAGUUGUAUGUCCUCACCGGUUUUGCUGGCUCCUCCGGGCAUGCAAGAGCAGAAGACCAAGAAAUGAAGUUUAUCUCAUCAAAUUCAUAGAGUCCUUGUCCUGUUCCACCUGCGAAGUUUUAUUUGUGGGUGUACAGAAUUCCCAAUGCUUCCCUCGAGAUGCCAAGAUAAUUUUAGAAAGUAGGAUUUUAGCAAAAUGCCUGAUAUGUUGAGGGUUAUAUUACAAAUUUAUUUCAAUUCCUAAGUAGGAUUGUCCAAUUGCUCGGUAUUAUAAUAAAAUUGGAGCCCUAACUAUCUAUCAAUUCACCAUUAUUUUGCCCUAAAAA